AUGUCUAAAGACGAGCCUCGCGAUAGCGACUACGAAAAGGAGGCUGACGAUGUUGCUGAUGACGUCAAGGCCGCCGAGGAUGACAAGUUGAGUCAGGAUGGUGACGACGGUGACGAACAAGCGGUGAAGAAUGACGCCGCCGAUGAUGGCAGCGACGAUAACCAGGACGGGCUCGAUGACUUCGACGGGCUCCCACCGCUCCCUCCCGACGAAGACGACGAAUUCGAGGAUGACUACGACGAAGGCGAGGUAUCCAGACCCCACCGCGAACGCCGCAAGCGCAUUCGCGAUGACGAUCUGGAGAAGGAAGACAAUGAAGAAGAGGAGGCGGUGGCGCAGCCUGAGAAAAAGCACCGCGGGCGCAAAAAGAUGUUACCCCCGCUGGAAAUGACUUACUUGGAUGAGAACGGCAACCCGUUACUGGUGGAACGUGACGAAAUUAUCAUCCCUGACGAGGACCCCAAAGCCAAGGAAAAAGUCGACGAAAACGGCCAUCUUUUAGGUGGGCGUGAGUACCGCAACCGGGUAUUUACAGUGAUGAACCUGGGUGACCAAUUGUUCAUGUUGCUGACAGAGCCGGCGCGGUUGGUGGGGUUCCGUGACUCGUACCUUUUGUUCAAGACCCACCCGCACACCUUGUACAAAAAGAUCUGUACCAACGAAGAGAAACAGGAUCUUAUUGAGCGGGGCUUGUUGCCCAACUCGUACAAGGGGCGGGCAGUGAAUUUGGUGACUGCGCGCUCCAUCUAUCGUGAGUUUGGUGCGCGAAUGAUCAAGGAUGGUAAGAAAGUGAUUGACGAUUUUUGGGAACAACGAGCCAUUGACAACGGCGAUGUCUCUGGCGAACCCGCUGACCCUCAAGAACUCUAUCGCAAAAACCAAUACAUCGGUGGCGGCAGCUUCGACUUACCCUCCGCGGAUGUGCCCGACUUGCCUAGUUAUGCGGCACCGUUGCCCACCGACCAAACGUGGCUUUACCUGAUUGCUUCGCAAACGUCGAAUUACAACAAGAAGCUCUUGGAUGACCGGCUGGUGGCUUUGAAUCAUGGGGUAAAGGAUUUAUAUUCAAACUUGGUGUUCUACCCAGAACUGACUCAACCACUGCGGUGCUCGAUGAAGCGCAUUGGCCCUCUGAAAGACGGCAUUGUUAUCGACACUUUCUUCGUGAACAGGGACAUUAACCGUAAGGUCACCGGUUUGCUCGACGUCCCCAAGGAUGUGUACGAUGACGUCGAGGACUCUACCGCCAUUCGGAUGCAGCAGAAGUUUGAGGCUCUGCAGCAGUAG